AAUUCUUCAACGUAAGAGAAGGGAAUGACCCUCAGCUUUCAGACCGUGUGGGGUACAUAAAAGAGGAACCUGCCGAGAACUAUCAUCACAAUCCUCUCUCAGCCUUCUCCAGAAGAACAACAGGAUAAUCCAAAACUUGCAAAAAUGAAAUUCAUCAUUGCUCUCGCUUUCUUGGCUGUUGCCAUUGCCGCACCGCAAGGAGACAAGAAACCAAUUGAAAUUAUUUCAUCCAACAGCGAAAUGAACGCCGAUGGCAGUUACUCGUUUGCUUUCGAGAGUGCCGAUGGCACAAAAGUGUCAGAGAGCGGCAACCAGAAACAAGUCGGACCUAAACCCGAAGACAUUGGAACCGUCUCCAAAGGAUCUUACUCUUUCACUACUCCCGAUGGUGUUGUCCUCACCGUCAACUGGGUCGCUGAUGAGAAUGGAUUCCAGGCCACCGGUGAUCAUUUGCCUACUCCUCCCCUGCCCGAGCACGUCGUGAAGAUGUUGGCUGAUUUGAAGGCUGCCGGUGUUCUGUAAACCUGUACAUAUAUUACCCAUCCACUUGUAAACAACAAAACCAAAAUGAAAUUGUUCCGAUCACUUUGUACCACUUCAAUAGCAAUGCUCCCUACUUUUUCUGGAAGUGGAAUACAUAGCAAACGUCUAUUUCCGUAAAA